AUGGCCGACCUCUCUGCCCACCCCCAGGGAGAUGCCCCCCUGCCCGUCCCGCCAACGACAAGCUCUAUCCAACCCCCCUCCACCACCAUCCCGACGAUGUCUGCGCCCGCUCCCCUUCUCCGACCCGCUCUUGGCGGCCGUGGCGGACGAGCCCCGAGGUUAGGCCUCGCGAUUCCCGCCUCCCCCAACGUUAAGGCCGUCUCUCCAGCGGGCGGUCCUGCUCCCGCACCCUCGAGGCCGCCGCUUCCUACACUGAAUAUCAACACCCCCGCGGGCAGUAAAGUUUCUGCCUAUUCACAACCCCCUCGAAGUAGCAAUAUCCAGCCCGGCCAAUCUGCGGGCGGCGGUAGCGAGAGCAGCGCCGCCCAUUCUAGGUCGGGCAGCUUCGGUCCCUUCGAUGGUCGAGCGAGCAAUCCCACAUCAGCUGGCUCUCAAUACUCCGCCCUUUCCUUCGCAUCACAGUUCGGCCUUGACGUUUCAAGGGCACAGGGAACUCCGGAUCCGGUGUCUGCCGUGGGAUCCUUAUACUCUGAACGGAGCGACGGCGGCGUUGGUAUGGAGCGGGAUGGUAGCCUACAGGGUCUCGAGGCCUUUGACCAACUGAGUCUCGACCGUGGCCGAACAAAGGAUGUUGAGGAGCUCGACAACGAGGCGUGGCAGAUUGCCAAUAUGGAGAAGAGGAUAGUCCAGCUCGGAAACCUCGGCGAGGGUGCUGGCGGUGCUGUGACGAAGUGUAUGCUCAAGGGCGGGAAGACGGUGUUCGCUCUCAAGGUCAUUACUUCGAACCCGGACCCGGAUGUUAAGAAGCAAAUCGUCCGAGAACUCGACUUCAACAAGGGCUGCGCUUCAGAGCACAUCUGUCGCUACUACGGUGCAUUCGUGGAUCCCUCGACUGCCAGCAUUUUUAUCGCCAUGGAGUUCUGCGAAGGCGGAUCCCUCGAUAGCAUCUACAAGGAGGUGAAGCGUCUCGGCGGUCGCACAGGAGAAAAGGUGCUGGGCAAGGUCGCCGAGGGCGUUUUGGGCGGUCUCACAUAUCUUCACAGUCGACGCAUCAUUCACCGUGAUAUAAAACCUUCCAACAUUCUGCUCUGUCGGAAUGGCGAGGUGAAGCUGUGCGACUUCGGCGUGUCAGGCGACUUCGGCACCAAGGGUGAGGCGGAUACGUUUAUCGGGACCAGCUACUACAUGGCGCCCGAGCGAAUCACGGGCAAGUCGUACACCAUUACGUCCGACGUGUGGUCCACUGGUGUCACCUUGCUUGAGGUCGCACAGCAUCGGUUCCCCUUCCCUGCCGAUGGCACAGAGAUGCAGCCUCGCGCAGGGUUGAUUGACCUGCUGACGUACAUUGUCCGCCAACCUAUUCCGAAACUCAAGGAUGAGCCGGAGAACAAUAUCGUGUGGAGCGACAACUUCAAAUACUUUAUUGAGUGCUGUCUUGAGAAAGAGGGAUCUAGGAGGGCGACGCCAUGGAGGAUGCUAGAGCACCCAUGGAUGGUUGAGAUGAAGGCGAAACGAGUGAAUAUGAGCAAAUUCCUCUCCCAGGUCUGGGGUUGGGAUGAGCAGCAGGCCGCUCCCGCCGCGGCUUAG